CUCAUAGUCAUGGUCUAAAUAUAUAACAGCUUGACAUCUAUGUAUCAGACAAAUAUAUAACAGUUUUCCCUAUAGUAUCAGAAAGCAUAAACUCAUUUGCAGUAAAUGAAGAUUGAAGAGAUUUUAUAGCAUACUUUUUGAAAACAUUUUUCAUUAACCUUUUCUCCUACAUGUCUGUAAUAAAGCAUUUAUUAUUGGUGGCCUUUUAGAACAUCAGGCCUAGUUCUAUAGUUUAUAGUUCAGUUUUUAGCUUCUAAUAGUAUUUGGUUGUGACCUGAUUUUCAAGUUUUUAAACCUUUCAGCUAGCAUUUAUUUAACAUGCUGAAUUAAUAUUUAAUAUAUAUGAAUUUGAGAUUAAUUUAUUAGAGAAUUAGAGUAAAUCUUUAAUUUUUUAAAUGUGAGAUUUAAAUCUCUUGUGGUAUAGGCAACAAUGAGUUGAUAUUCAGGUUACAAAAUUAUAUAAUAGCUCUAUUCUCCAAAAUUGUUGUAGCACAUAUGGUAUUUAUAAAUUGUGAUAUAUUCCCAAUUAAGGCCAGUAUAUUCUUUGUGAUAUAGUGAUCAGAUCUUUACCUCUUUUAAUCAUUUUCAAAAUAAGUAUGACAAAUCAAUUAUGAUUUUUUUUUUAAGGUUGGCUUUACUCAUGUCUGCCUACCUGGAUAUUUCAUAUUGUUUCAGCACAUUACUGUGUAGCUCCUUUGUGAGGGGUCUUUCUGGCUCAAAAAUGUAAAAUUCUGUGACCCAGGGGAAAGUUAAUAUCAUCCUAAGAUGAAUGGACAUUAGGUGGGUCUUUUAUGUGAAAAUUCCUAAUGCCUUACAAAUGUUGAAUUAUUUUAAAAUGUUUCAUUUUUCUUGAGUCUAUCAUGACACAUUUGUACUUUUAUUUUGUAUGUGUCAAAGACAUUGCACUGAUAGGUACUUAAUCUGUUUUGAGAGUCUACUCUUAUAAGUUGUUUUUUUUUUUGACUCAGGGUAGAUACAUCUAGCCCAAAUUAAAACAAUCUUAGUUAAGUACUUUCUUGAAACUAUCAUCAUUUGGGCAAGUUAAAAAAAAAUUAGCCCUGAAUUUAAGUUUAGUUAGAAUGGGAAAAAAAAAAACAUUCUUUACAUUUAUUUUGUUUAUUUUGUACUUUGGGAUUUUACAAAAUUUUAAAACAAUAAAAUAGUAAUAGCAUUAAAGGAAAAUAGUAGGAAUGUACAUCUUUAAAGCUAUUUGAUUUCACUUUUCCAUUUUGUUUAUUUUUGUUAGAUUAGUUUUGCACAUUCUAUUUCAAAAGAACUAGACUGUAAAGUGGUUUCUCUACCUCUCCCAUGUUUAUAUAGUUAAACACAGCAGUGUCAUCUUUUAAAAGGAAGCAUUGUAUCCCUUUUUACUCAACAUUUUAUAAGACUUUAUGAGAUCAUUGUAGGAGUUUGUAUGAUAUAAGUUCUUUAUUUAAAAUUCAAUAAUUAAGCAAACAUUUUUUGAGCUCUAUGAAAAAGCACUGAGUUAGAUACUGAGGGAGAUACCAAGAUAAAUUAGACAUUCUCUCAAGAAGCUUGUAACCUUACAAAGGAAGAUAAGACAUUCCAACUCAGUCUACAAGGCAGUCACAUUUAUCUUUAAUAUACAAAUAUAAAUAUGUGAAACAUACAGAGUGCUUUGAGUUGAAAACUUUUCUAGCAUCAGAAACUAGUUCUGAGGAGUUAAGUGUUCACUAGAUAAUGUGACUUUUUUUUAGGCCUUGAAGGAUGAGAAUUUUAACAGCUAUACUGAACCAGACAGAUGAUUGGAAAGGCUUUUGAGGCAUAGUUAAUGUGCAUGAUUGGAGGUAUGAAUGUGACAAAAUAUUGGAAAAAUAUGAAGUCCACUUUGACUGUAGUAGAGUAUAUUAAAGGAAGUAUAGGAGAUUAGGUGGGUCCCAGAUUGUAAGGAGCUUAGAUACUAGGCUUAGGAGUUUAGAAUUAAUUUAUUAGUUAAUGGGAUCACAUUGAAGGGUUUUGACUAUUAGAAUCACAUGAUCUAGAUCUGCGUUGCUAAACAUUUUCAAGAUUGUGUGCUCAAACUGUAAAUUCAAGCUGCCUGUGACCCCUCUCCAUUUCCCCCAUCCCCAUUUCUCCACAUUACCCCAGACAGCACAGGUAGGAAGUCCUUGCAUUAGGGGGGCUGGACAGAGGGAUGAGGCAUGCAAAAAAUGUCCUUGGGCACAAUGGAGAGGGGGAAUGGAGCAGUCCCAACAUCUAUGCCACACCUUUGCUAACACAGAUCUAGAUGUUCCUCAAGAUAUUUGACAAUAUGACAUAAAAUGGAUUUGAAGGGAAAUGACUUAAGAUGCUAUUGUAAUAGUCUAGGUUGGAAGUACUGAGGGACCAUAAGGAUGAUGGUGUUAAGGUGGAAGGCAAGUUCCUGAAGCUACUUGGAGAAUACAGGCCCCUGCUCCCUGUGUCAUGGGACUGGGGAAAUUGGAGGGAAGGGUAGUGCUGGUGGAGGGAUUGGCAAGACUUGGUCACCUUAGGUACUGGUAGGGAGGAAAAAAGAUGAACAGUUGCAAUUUAGAGUUGUCAUUCUUGAGAAAUAUGUUCUAAAUAUCUUUCAAUUACAAUUCAAAUAGUGUCUUGCUUGACAAUAGUUUUUUCUUCACUGCAUGGGCAUUGUAAAGGCAUUCUUUCUGGAACUAACCACCUCUUCCAAAAGUUAUUCCUAAGUAUGAGUUAAAUGAUUUGUAUUUUAUAAUUCAGAGUAGGAUUUAAUAAAAGAUGGGUUUUGUAGUUCACGAGAAUGGAUAUUUCUCAUAAGUACUGCACUAUUAAAUAUAUUUUGUUUUGAGCAGAAAGUUUCUUUUAAAUUCAACCUAUCAACAUAAUAUAUUUAUUUCAUAUAUACAAAUUUCCCCUUCUACUUUUGGGAACACAGCAGAAGGGUGAAAGUAGAGGUAAAUAGGAAGUAGUUGGCUAUAGAAGUCAAACUUGUCCUUUUGGCAUCUCAUUUUCAGGUAGUUUGAAGUAAGUUAUCAGUAACAUUUAUUCCUAUUACCUAGGCCAAGUAAAUAUGGAAUAUUUUUAAUAAGAGAUUUCCAUUUCCCAAAAGAAUCAGCACUUUUGACUGGUAGGUAGAUUGGAGAAAAGUAGAGGAGCAGCUAGAUAUGGGUAUGGUGGAUAGAGCACCAAGGCCUGGAGUUAAGAAAAAUUUGAGUUCAAAUCUGACCUCAGACACUUAUUAGCCAUGUGACUAGGCAAUUUACUUAAUUCCUAUUUACCUCAGAUCCUGAUCUGUCAACUGGGGGAUGUACUGGAGAAGGAAAUGGCAAACCACUCCAAUAUUUUUGCCAGGAAGACCUCAUGGACAAAUUCCAUGGGCUCACACAGAGCUGGACACUAAACAGUGGCAAAGUUGUAUCAGAUUAGAUAAUUUGAUUCUCCUAUGCCCCCUUUCAAAAUAAGUUUAUAGUCUUUUAAAUGUUAGUAUGAUCAAAAAGAGAAUAACAGGAACAUAGUGUAAAAAAUUAACAGGCUGAAAUUCUGUUUCACUUGUCAAGUCCAGAUGUGUAUUCAUGAAUUAUUUGUUUAGAAUAAGAAAAUGAUUAAAAUUGAACUUAGAUUGAUCAAGUUGCUUAUCUCUUCUCCCCAUGUCCAUAAGAGGGACAUCGUUUUGGGGGUCUGUGUGCUGAUUCAAAUUUAACAUCAAAUUGUACUUAUAUAGUAAUUCUAAAUGUUAGAUUCUCAAAAUGGUGAUAUUGUAAAAUUGGAAGGAACUUUAGAGAUUACAUACUCCAGUCCCUUCAUUCUACAGAUGAAGAAUUCGAUCUGGAGAAGUUAAGAAAUGACUAAGGUUAUAUAGUAAAUAUCAAGUGUCAGUAUCAGGAUUCAAGUCUGGAUCCUCAGAUUUCCACUCCAGGAUUCUAUUGCAUCAUGCAAGACUUGAGGUUAGUGUACUAAGAAAACUUGUGGCAAAAUUAAAAGAACCUUGGGUUGGGAGUUAGGAAAUAGAUGUUUUUAGUCUUGGCCCUGCCAUUAUUAAGCUAACGGAUGACCUCAGGUAACUUGCCUCACUUAAUUUGUGUAGGGAGAGGGAGCUGGACUAUAUAAUCUUAGGGUCAAUAUUCUGUGAUUUUGACCUGUUGGACUAAAAACUGUCUUACUUUAGGACCAUAUCCAGCCUCUCCUUUGAGAGAAAUUAAACGUUUUGGAUAUAGUUUUGAUUAAUAAGUUGAAUUGGCCAAUCCAUCCAAAUAUUUUUGCCCCUAUGACACUUCACUAGGGAACCACAUUAGUUUAUACAAAUGAUAAGCUAUCACAUAGUUGACUGCAUUUUUAGGCCACUGCACUGUUACUACAACAAGAGCAUCCAGGUUGAGAAAAGCCCAUUUAACAGGUUCUGACUUGUUCUUUGGCUAGAAAUAAUCCCUUCUGUUGUCAUCUCUCAUAAUAGGCAACAUUUUCACACAGAAUUUCAUUUUUCCAGUGUUGCCAAAGCUCUGCUUCCUUUUUAAAAAUGGGGAAACAAAUUCACACUGUCUUGAAGGUAAUAUAUGAACUUCUCUUAAUCGGUGGACUAAUGAAGCUUGCUUGGUUCGAAUGUGUGCAAGAAACAGAGUAUUUUUGUUCUUCAAUUCCUAGUGAUUAUCCAGAAAAAGUGACUUCUAUUCUUUUGGUUUUAAGGAAGGUCACAGUGAUCAAUUCAACUGUGUUCAAAGAUCCCAGGUUAAGCUCUGUCACUAGUCUAACCAUAGCCAACAGCAGGAUAAUGAGGAUUGAACCUGGAGCGUUUUCUGCUUUUCAAAAUCUCAACAAACUCAAUUUACAUCACAAUAAUUUGACAACUGUAUUGGCUUCCUGGUUUUCUAAUCCGGGGCACUUAAAAAAUUUAACAUUAUCAGUAAACAACAUCAAGGAGGUAGGGCCAUAUAUGUUCUCUAGUUUUUCCAAUCUAACCAUUCUUAAUUUGGCAAAUAACAGAAUUCACAUGAUUGCAAUGGAAAGUCUAAGGAAUUUAUCAAAGUUGAAGAUUUUAGAUCUCUCUGGGAACAAUCUCUCUGUCUUGAAAAGAGAUAUCUUCAGUGACCUCAGAUCCCCAACUAUGAAACUGGGUCAUAACCCAUGGAAUUGUUCAUGUGAACUUCAAGAUUUUGGAGCCUUUCUUCAAGAGCUUCUCAAUACUUCCCGGUUGGAAGAUGCUUCAUCUGUCACUUGUCACAGUCCAAUAACCCUAAAGGGACUUCCUGUGUGGAACAUCUCGGACUUUGGCUGUCUACCUACUGUCUUGCCAGCAUCUCUGGGAAAUGUACUGGAUAAAACAAUGGUCCUAGUAACUUUAGUCUGUGUAGUAUUGUUUGUACUCCUUUGGCUCUUUCUGGUGCUAUGGAAGCUGAAACACAACAGAGUACAUGGACAGGCAGGUAAAGGAACAGCUGUUGGCACCUGUAGAAAAGUGGGGAUGAGACCCUGGAAGAGCAGAAGGUUUCCUAGUAGGAACAGACAAGUCACCAUAAAGGAAAUGACUUCACAGAUCGCAACAGUUGAACAACCUUCAGGGUCAUCCUUGGCCAGUUUGCCAAGCUCAGAACAUUCAGGACCGAACUUGGGAUCCUCCAAACAGACUGGGCAGACUUCCCAAUUCGCACUUAAUGGUGUGGAUUCAGCUUCCCUCAAUAGCUUUCAUCAUCACCGUGAGAAGCUCAGAACCCUAGGCACUAGCGCCAGCAUGGAACUUUCUUGUGAAAGUCCAUUUUGUACAUCUGAGCCAGUAAAACACAAUCUGAAAACAUUAGAAAUGAGUGGCAUAGAUGGGGGUGGUGCAUGGGUUAAGAACUCUGAGGCCCUGGAAUAUUUUACUCUGUGUGUGAAGAAGUCAAGUUGCUCUAUGAUUGAGCCCCAGGGAGUUGUGCAAAGUAGAACGCCCAAACCCUUUCCUUUGAAGAGGAGCCAGACCUGGCCACAGAAAAGUGGUCUACGGAUCAAAGAACAGAGCCCCAGAACACACAUUCUCACAAUCCCUGCUAAGGAUUCUCCGGAUGAAGUCAAGAGCACUGAAAUACACGACGACCUACAAGCUGAUCUGCAUGUGCAAAGGAAAGCUAAGCCAAAGAGAACCUCUGUCAAGACUCUGUCAAGACUCUGUCAGAAAUUGGCCCAACUGGAAGGACACCAGAGAACAAGGGAGCUUUCCCACAGGCAGGGGAAAGUGGGACAGGUUGGAGCCUCAGCCACUGUGUCUCUAAGACCAGAAAUAUCCCUUGUGUCCUCCCUGGAUGAUACUCAGCCCUUUGAUAAGAGCCAAGCAAUUAUCUGUGACCUACUGCAUGAGGUGGUGGAGAACCAUGGUAGAUGGACUCGGGAACAUUGGAAAAAAACUCAUCAACCAAGAAGAGUCCGUAGAUCACUGAAGGAUCAACACCUUCCUCACCUUCUUCCUCCUUAAUGAGGUAGAAAGGGAAAUCUCAGGAAUAGGCUAAUGUAGAGUCAUUUUUUUUUUGAAGGACUGAACUGGUCUCUGACAUAGAGGAUGAACUCUGCUAUAGGCUGACUCUUCUCCCCCUACCCUUAUUUUUGACUUAAAUGUUGGCCCAUAUACCCCAACAUCUAAGCUUAUGCUCUUUCCCUGGGUUAUUUUCUCUGAAUUUAAAACCUAUUUACACUGCACUUAAUAAAUGCUAUUGAUUCUACGAACUACAUAGGCCUUCAGCAUCUGCAACAAAGGUUUUUUGUUUGUUCUAUCCUGAGAAUUUCACCUCUAGUAGUCAUUUUAAAGGGUAGAAGUGGGAUAGAGGACAUGGCUGUUUAAGUCAUAUUCAAAUGCAUUUUCAAAGCACUGUGCUACUACUACACACUAGGGAGCAGGCUCAGAUAAUGGAUUUUGUUAUGAAUUUAUUUACUGAUAGUUGUAGAAAGUCUUUUAAAAGUUCUGUAUAAUAUGCUAAGAAAUUAAUUUUCUAUGUAAGAAUAUUUGAAUAAAGAUAACUUGAUGCCUAAGGCGCUGUUACAUAUUCAUUCUAAAGCUAUUCCUUUUAACUGUAGUUUCAAGUAAGAUUGUGAAUUUCCUCUGGGAAAAUAGAGGUUAGUCAGGGAGGGAUUCUUGCAUUGAUUUUGGAGUUUGGAUUAGGUGACUGCUCAGGUGCCUUAUGGUACUAAGCAAUCUCUGAGUCUAAGCAUCAAAAUUUUUUCCCCUGAUUUUGUUGAAAUUGUUGUUAGGAUCUCUUGAUCUCUGUUAAACGGGGUCAUUUGUAAGACCAAAUAGCCAGGCACGGUCUGGGAAAGGGCAAUAAUUUGUGCUGAACUCAAGUGCUAUAGGAUUCCUGGGGGUUACUGCCAAGCUUCAGUGUUUUUUGUUUGUUUGGGGUUUUUUGAUGUCUUAUUCAGACUUGCUUCCCUCCUUGUUAAUCAGUAAUGUUCCCCUCAACUUGGAUGGUUGAAUGGUGGCCACAUCUGGUGAUCAAAGUAGAAAUACUCUGGGGCAGUCUCAAACACUUGAAUCAAUAAAGGUUGCCAUUUUAAUAGCAAAAAUCACUUUACACCUGAGGAUGAACAGGUAAUUUAAAUUAUAUUAAUGCUGAUAUGUUACAUAAGUGGUCAGUUCUUUUUUCCAUAUAUGGAUUGUCCAGGACAGAUUUUUAAUGUUGGGCUAGCAUUCUACCAGAUUCUAGAAUUUACUUAAUUUAACUAUAUUCCUUUGUAUUAAAUGGCAUGUUAUCAAAAAAUUAAAGUUCUGAGCAAAUGAGUCUUUAGAUUCUUCUAAAGUUUAGAAGAUAAAGAUAAAAAAUAAAAAUAGCAAAUAAAAAUACAUGUUACAUAAUAAUUUGCAACAGCAGUAUAUAAAUGUAAGCACACUUAAGAAGGGUAUCUUCCAGUUUUUUCUGACUUUAUUCUUAUUUUACCAUUACUAAAAUAUCAAAAUAUUUUUUGUGUUCCCCAAAUAUUAACUUUCCUGAUAGGAAUGAAGAGGAAUUUUAUGUCAAUUUAAUUUCAUAAUUAAUGUGUGCAAGUGUUUAUCCACUGACUCAAAUUUAUUAGUGAUAUUAGUUUUUAAUAGGCUCUCAGGAAUGGAAAUUAAAGGUUAUCUAUAUAAAUGA